CAGUCUGUCUUUGCGGGAGCCGCCUUUGGUUUUCUCCCACGUGCAGUUCAGCUCGUUGAAUCUUAACAAGUUAACAUCGAGAGGCAAUUGUACGCACAAAAUCUCCCCAUUGGAGUGACAUUCUUUGAGAAAGUUCCAUUUAGAAAAGAUAGUUAAAUAUAGCUAAACAGCGAGUAAAAUUGUACGUGAAAAUGUGUUUGCGGAAAAUGAAAUGAAGUAUGAAGUAAUAUUUACUGAUGUGACGAUUUAAGAUAGAUAAGCAUAGACGCAGGAAUAGGAGACUGCAGCCAAAGUGACAGUUCGGUAGCUACGUGCGUAUUCGUAAUCGUCGCUAAGAAACACACACGCACAGAUAAGGUAUCUUCGUGCCCGAGAAAUCAAAGGUUGACAAGGAAUCGAGCAGAAAACGACUCGAUCAUGGGACUCGACGCCGACGUUACUGCCAUACUUCGAGAUGUGGUGCAGUUUCUGGAAUGUUUGCGCGACGUGAAACUUCCACUCACGUUGGAGAGCAUUCGAGACAAUCUGUUGGUUCGUUCGAAGGAUUCGCUAACGAUGUUCAUGAUAGAGAGAAUCGGGAGGUCUGCCUCCCCGGAGCCAUACUUGAACAUGAAUGCAGCCGGAUCGAAAGGUCUGUUGGCGACGACAGUGAAAACGGAAACCGAGCUUCAAGAAUACGUGGGAGCAGAUGAACAGCAGCAGCAGCAGCAGCAACAACAACAACAACAGCAAGAUUAUUACGAGACCUUUCAGGGAAUUGAAUCGGCGAAUAACGUUACAUCUCCGAUUCGCGAAACGACGGAUAACAUCGAAAGUAAAGAAGAAACUGAAAAUACACCGACAGACAUUUACGCGAAUUUCUCGGCGGCGGAGACGAAAAGUAAGUGUGAAAUGUGUGGCCCCCUUUACAGAAAAGACAGACACAAAUUGUUCGUUUUCGAACAGUACCGAGGUUGCUGGGUUGGUUUGGUUGGACUGCAUCUGUUGAUUUAUGGAAACGAUCGUGACAAUCGUCCGUGCACGAUACUGCCGAUUCACGGUUACAUGGCCCGAGCUGCUCCAAACGCGGUAACUCGGGAUCAGCGUAGAAGCGAGUCUGCCUUUGAGAUUUUUCGCCCUGGUAGCAGAACUUUCCAGUUUUUUGCGAAGACUCGGCAAGAUAUGGAGCAAUGGGUGACGAAGAUCUGCGAAUUGGGCGACGAGAAAAACGACUGUAAAGAGAAAGAGGCAACGCGAGAGAUGGACGUAAAUAUCGUGGCAAACGGCACUAUCAAGCAGCCAAAUGACCAAGAAGAUCCGAAUCCCAAAAAUGAACGAUAUCAGGAUGUGUCGCCAAGCACCGAUACCGAACUUCCCGAUAAAUCUCCAAUCGAGCCAACCGUUACUAACGAAGAGUCUCACGAGUCGAGCAACGUUUCUGUUUCUGCUUCUUCUCAAUCACAUUCGCCGAUUCCUCCUCCGUUGCCAGCUCGAAUUCCUCAAAGGCUACCGAUCCCCUCUCUUCAACAUUCGCCUCAGGAAUUUCCUGACGAAGAGGAGGACGACAUUUACCACAAGAUCGAAGACUUUAGGGACACGGUGCGAUACGGGAACGUCAGCGAGGCAUCUCAAAUUAAGAUGAACGACGACCGAUCGGACAAAGAAUCAUCCGCAACUUACGACGACAUCCAAGCGAGCGUCAAAAAGAAAGAUAAAUUUGACGAAAAAAGUAAGGGGAAAUCAAUUGUGUCGCGAGACGAACUGACAUACGACGACACUGGUACAACGUUGAAAGAUAAUAAAGUCACAGAUGAACAGGACAAGUUCUCCUCGUACGACGAUGUCGAGAGUGUCAUCAAUUCAAAGUCGAACAAGGUACGAACAACGAGGAAAACGGAGGAAUUGACAAAGUCACCGCAAAAGAGGUCCUUCUUGGACAGAGUGAGAAGUAAGAAGGAAUCACCGAAGAAAAUUGAGAAAAAGGCCAAGUGUAAAACCAUCGGCUCUCCGUCGCGAUUGCCGCCGCUGCCGCCGCCGCUACCGCCGCAACCGUUGGCAAACAAUCACGAAUCAUCGACUUACUACGACGAUGUGUCCGGUCUGACAAACGUCGAGCAACAAGCGAACCGUUUCGAGGAACAGCAAUCGGAGUAUACUUGUCCACCACCGCCUAGGCCGAUCUACGCGAAACCGCCGAUGACCGAGAACACAAUCGAUGCGGAUGAAUUUUACGACGACAUCGCGUGUCGCGAUAAAUCUGAUAUUGACAAAUCGUAUCAACAAACUACAAAGAGGCCGAGUCUCACGAAUACCGAUCGGCCAGCUUUCUGUGAAAACGUGGAUCGUUCGCAGCAAACGUUCGAAGACGACGAGCAUUAUAAAACGCCACGGCCGGAUUCGCAUUAUCCCAAAUGUCAUCCCGUUGAUCAUCAAACGAACGACUUGUACGACGACGUUGCUAUACUUGCGGAGUUUACGACACGACAAAAGGAAAUUCUAAGUAGCAGAGAGAAGGAUAACGAAGGGACGACAAAGUUGCAAACCAGUCCGGAAAAGAAGCCGUGGAAUCGGUUUGUUGGAGGGAGAAGAUCGAAAGCAAUCGACUCGUCGAUUGCCGAAGGGAAUGGCCGAGUUUCACAGGGGACGGAGGGCUCGUCGGACGAGCUUAACGAACAACACAAUUCCUUGCGAAUGAACACCUUUCAGAAAUUGAUCAGUAGAAUGGAAAGUUCUCUCGGCAAGGCAUCCUCCAGGACAACGUCUUCGAUAUUAAAUUUAAAUAAAGCGAAUCUCACGAACAGUGGAUAACAUUCAGAAAGAAACGUGCGUCUGCGCAUAUUUAAAUGUAUGUAACCAAAGAAGUAGUAUAAUAUAUUUCAAUAGACAUGUAUUAAUAAAGAGUAUUAUUUUGCUUUUUUAAAUAAACAACAUUCUU